AGCAGGAGUUAAUGGUCUCCCCUUUUCACAGAGGGGGAGACUGAGGCAUAGAGGAGGGCAGCACGCUCGGGAUGCAGGAACUCAGGACCCCUAGUUCUUUCUUGGGCUCGACGAGAUGGACCAGCCCCUGGAGGGUGUCCAACCCCUCCCAAUGGACUCGGGAAGCCACGGCCAGGCUGGGCGGAACCGUGGGUGUCCCUGGCGCCGCAAGGUGCCAAUUAAAUGCUCGUGGCCGUCUGGGGCCAGAGCUGUGGACGGCAGCAUGGCCGAGCCGGGGCCGGAGCCCGGGCGUGCCUGGCGGGUGCUCGCCCUGUGCGGGGUGGCCGUGUUCCUGGCCGCAGCAGCGGCUGGCGGGGCCCUGGUAGCCUGGAAUCUGGCCGCCUCGGCCGCUCGGGGACCUCGCUGCCCGGAGCCGGGGGUCAAUGCCACAGUGCCGCCCGGGGACCCGCCGCCUGGGGUCGAUGAGCUGCGACGCCGGCUGGCAGAGGCUGCCGAGCGGGAGGAGGCCCUAGCCAGGCAGCUGAACCGGGCAGAAGGUAUCCGGCGGGAGUUGGAGAAGGCAUUAAAGGCCUGUGAGGGCCACCAGAGCCGGCUUCAGACCCAACUAACGACACUGAAGAUUGAGAUGGACGAAGCCAAGGCACAGGGGACCCAGAUGGGGGUCGAGAACGGGGAGCUGACAGAAGCCCUGGCGCGCUGGGAGGCGGUGGCCAUGGAGUCUGCGCGGCGGCUGGACGAGGCUCAGCGGCGCGCCGGUGUAGCGGAGGCUGAGAGCGAAGCCUGCGCAGCCCGAGAGGCGGCGCUGCGCGAACGCUAUAACGCCCUGGAAACCGAGAUGAGCCACCAGCGCAGAGUGCCCCGGCCGCGGCCCCGCUCGGGGUCCCGACCCCGGCCCAGCCCUCGCUCGCGAUCUCGCUCCGGACCCUCCGGGGGCUGCCGGCGGCCGGCGCGGCGCGCACGAGGGUGAGUCGGCCCCAGCCGGAAGGGGGCUUCGGCCAAGGAGGACAGACAUUGGUGGGGGGGACUCUGCGGGACGUGUAUAGAGGCGCCCUCACGCUGGAUGCGACGCUCGGCUUUAGACCCUGGAGCCGCCCUGAAUGGACACUGCACAGAAAGGAGCCUCAGCCCUCUCUCUUCAACCGUGUAAAGUACUUAUUCUACAGACAGGGAAACUGAGGCCCAGGUGAUCAUGCAGUGAGUUAGUGUGGAGCUGGGAUUUGAAGUCUCCUCUAACAAAAGUGUUGCCCUCAAUUUUUGAGGACUUUAGGACUAGCCCUGGCUCAGGAGUGACCUGAAACGGUCACUCUCCCUCUCUGCGUCUCAGUUUAUCCUAUCUGUAGAAUGGGUGAUUGAACUCAUGAUAGGGAGUUGAUUUGACAACAAAAGCUGAUGAAAGUGGCACAAUAGGAAAACCGCAAAUCCCUAACCCUGUGAGAAGGAUACAAAACUCCCAGAUGGAAUUUAAACAAAAAGAACUAAGCAACGUGUUUGUUUGGCUGGUUUUGUUUGGUUCUGAGAUGGAGUUUCACUCUUGUUGCCCAGGCUGGAGUGCAAUGGCACGAUCUGGGCUCACUGCCACCUCUACCUCCUGGAUUCAAGCAAUUAUGCCUCAGCCUCCCAAGCAUCUGGGAUGACAGGCCCCCACCACCAUGCCCAGCUAAUUUUUGUAUUUUUAGUAGAGACGAGGUUUCACAAUGCUGAUCUCGAACUCCCGAAUUUAGAUGAUCCACCCGCCUCGGCCUCCCCAAGUGCUGGGAUUACAGGCAUAAGCCACUGUGCCCAGCCCAUGUUUUUAACCUAAACUGCAACAAAGGUGACAUGCCUGAGAUGGAGCAGUGAUUCAAUAUUCCCAAGUGUGUUAAUCACUAUAGUAAUAGAUCAAAUGAGAAAAUUUAUAAAUUGUGGGGGGGAAAAACACAUCAAAAUCAGUGCCAUGGUAAGGACAUCCACUGUCAAGUAGUUAUUUUUCUGGGCAUACUAGCCAAUGCAAUUACACAAGAAAAAUAAAAGGUACAAUGAAAAGGAAGAGAAUCUCAUGAAAGUACUGUUCCUAUGGGUCAAAAAUCAUUGAAAUAUGGACACUUUUAUAUUGCUCAAUUUCACAUGACUGUAUUGGUGGGUUUUCUUUCUUUUUUCUUUUUUUUUUGAGACAGAGUCUUGCUCUGUCUCCAGGCUGAAGUGCAGUGGCACGGUCUCGGCUCACUACAAUUUCUGCCUCCCGGAUUCAAGUGAUUCUCCUGCUUCAGCCACCCACGUAGCUGGGACUACAGGCGCCCACCACCAUACCUGGCUAAUUUUUGUGUUUUUAGUAGAGACGGGGUUUCACCAUGUUGGCCAGGAUGGUCUCGAUUUCCUGACCUCGUGAUCUGCCUGCUUUGGCCUCCCAAAGUGCUGGGGUUACAGGUGUGAGUCACCGUGCCUGGCUUAUUUUUCAAGUCUUUAAACAUUUUUAGCUUGUUAUCUAAAUGUAAACUUUAUGUUUGGCGUAACUACAGACUUACAGAAA